GGAUAUAUUAAAACAGGGGUGUCAAACUGGCGGCCCUCCAGCUGUUGCGAAACUACAAGUCCCAUCAUGGCUCUGCCUUUGUGAGUCAUGCUUGUAACUGUCAGUCUUGCAAUGCCUCAUGGGACUUGUAGAUCUAAAGCAGGGGUGUCAAACUGGCAGCCCUCCAGCUGUUGCAAAACUACAAGUCCCAUCAUGCCUCUGCCUUUGGGAGUCAUGCUUGUAACGGUGGUCUUGAGCCUCAUGGGACUUGUAGAUCUAAAGCAGGGGUGUCAAACUGGCAGCCCUCCAGCUGUUGCAAAACUACAAGUCCCAUCAUGCCUCUGCCUUUGGGAG